AUGUUCUUGGGACUGUGGCCUUUUUCUCACCUUAUGUUGUGGUUUGGGGCUCAAGCCACAACAAGGUCCAGAAGAAAGUUUGGAAACCAUGGCCUUGCAUCCUUCAAGUUCUCUUGGCACUUGUACCUUCUGGUCCUCAUGUUCUUCCCACAGCAAGUGUGGGCUUCUCCCUAUAAAAUAGGGGUAGUGGGCCCAUGGACUUGUGACCCUUUGUUUUCAAAGGCCCUGCCUCAAGUUGCUGCUCAGUUAGCCACUGAGAGGAUCAACAGAGACCCAUCUUUUGACCUGGGUUACUCUUUUGAAUAUGUAAUUCUCAAUGAAGACUGUCAGACUUCCAGGGCCCUCUCAAGUUUCACUUCCUACCACCAGAUGGCCUCAGGAUUUGUCGGACCUGCCAACCCUGGCUACUGUGAAGCAGCUUCACUCCUGGGAAGCAGCUGGGACAAAAGCAUAUUCUCUUGGGCUUGUUUGAAUUACGAAUUGGACAAUAAAAAUAGUUACCCGAAUUUUUCUCGCACACUCCCUUCACCUAUUCGGGUGUUGGUAACUGUCAUGAAAUAUUUCCAGUGGGCUCAUGCCGGAGUCAUUUCCUCAGAAGAAGACAUUUGGGUGCACACAGCCAACCGAGUUGCAAGUGCUCUUCGGAGCCGUGGCUUGCCUGUAGGGGUCGUCCUAACCACAGGACAAGACAGCCAGAGCAUUCGGGAAACUCUCCAACGAAUUCACCAGGCAGACAGAAUUCGCAUAAUCAUCAUGUGUAUGCAUUCGGCCUUGAUUGGGGGAGAAACUCAGAUGCAUCUCUUGGAAGGAGCUCAUGAUCUGAAAAUGACUGAUGGAACCUAUGUCUUUGUUCCAUAUGAUGCUCUGCUCUACAGUUUACCUUAUAAACAUACCCCCUACCAGAUCCUAAGGAACAAUCACAAACUUCGGGAAGCCUAUGAUGCUGUGUUGACCAUAACAGUGGAAUCCCAAGGAAAGACCUUCUCUCAAGCAUAUACAGAAGCAGCAGCCAGAGGUGAAAUUCCCAAAGGAUUGGAGUCAGAUCAAGUUUCACCAUUGUUUGGAACCAUCUACAAUUCAAUUUACUUCAUCGCACAAGCCAUGAAUAAUGCUAUGAAAGAAGAUGGACAGCCUAGUGCUGCCAGCCUGGUUCAGCAUUCCAGAAACAUGCAGUUUUAUGGAUUCAACCAGUUGAUAAGAACAGAUUCAAAUGGAAAUGGCAUUUCAGAAUAUGUAAUUCUGGACACCAACUGGAAAGAAUGGGAACUCCACAGUACUUACACUGUGGACAUGGAAAUGGAGCUGCUACGGUUUGGAGGGACCCCCAUCCACUUCCCUGGUGGGAGCCCCCCUCGAGCAGAUGCAAAAUGCUGGUUUGCAGAGGAGAUCUGCCGAGGAGGCAUUGACCCUGUCUUUGCUGUGAUGAUCUGCUUUGCUUUGCUCAUAGCCCUGCUUUCUAUUAAUGGAUUUGCUUACUUUAUAAGAAAUCAAAUAAAUAAAAUCCAGCUGAUUAAAGGACCUAACAGAAUUCUAUUAACUCUAGAGGAUGUGACAUUUAUCAAUCCUCACUUUGGCAGUAAGAGAGGAAGUCGUGCCAGUGUAAGCUUCCAGAUCACCUCAGAAGUACAAAGUGGGAGGUCUCCAAGGCUGUCCUUUUCUUCAGGGAGCCUAACUCCAGCUACUUUUGAAAACUCCAACAUAGCGAUUUAUGAGGGUGAUUGGGUGUGGCUGAAAAAGUUUCCCUCUGGAGAUUUUGGAGAUGUUAAAUCCAUCAAAUCAAGUGCAAGAGAUGUGUUUAAAAUGAUGAAGGACCUACGUCAUGAGAAUGUAAACCCUUUGCUAGGUUUCUUCUAUGAUUCAGGAAUGUUUGCCAUUGUGACAGAAUUUUGUUCCAGAAGGAGUUUAGAAGACAUUCUGAGAAAUCAAGAUGUGAAACUUGAUUGGAUGUUUAAAUCAUCACUUCUGCUGGAUCUUAUCAAGGGCAUGAAGUACUUACACCAUCGAGAAUUUGCUCAUGGGAGGCUGAAAUCUAGAAAUUGUGUUGUGGAUGGGCGUUUUGUACUAAAAGUGACAGAUUAUGGCUUUAAUGACAUUUUGGAAACACUAAGACUCUCUCAAGAGGAACCUUCAGCUGAAGACUUGUUGUGGACAGCCCCUGAGCUGUUGAGAGCUCCAAGGGGUAACAGAUUAGGUUCUUUUGCUGGAGAUGUCUACAGCUUUGCCAUUAUCAUGCAAGAAGUGAUGGUCAGGGGUAACCCAUUCUGCAUGAUGAAUCUGCCUGCAGAAGAAAUAAUAGACAGACUUAAGAGGCCUUCUCCAGUGUAUAGACCAGUGGUUCCCCUUGAGUACGCUCCUCCAGAAUGUCUCCAGCUGAUGAAGCACUGCUGGGCAGAGGAUGCAGAACAACGACCAACUUUUAAUGAAAUAUUCAACCAGUUUAAAUUUUUCAACAAAGGCAAGAAGACCAAUAUCAUUGAUUCUAUGCUCCGGAUGUUAGAACAGUAUUCUAGCAACUUGGAAGAUUUGAUCCGGGAGAGGACUGAGGAGCUGGAAAUUGAAAAGCAGAAAACAGAAAAACUUCUGACACAGAUGCUACCACUAUCAGUUGCCGAAUCCCUCAAAAAGGGCUGCACAGUUGAACCUGAAGGCUUUGACUUGGUCACCUUGUACUUCAGUGACAUUGUAGGCUUCACUACUAUCUCAGCCAUGAGUGAGCCCAUUGAGAUAGUGGAUCUUCUCAAUGACCUAUACACACUCUUUGAUGCCAUCAUUGGUAGUCAUGAUGUAUACAAGGUAGAGACCAUUGGAGAUGCUUACAUGGUGGCCUCAGGUCUCCCAAGAAGGAAUGGCAGUAGGCAUGCAGCUGAGAUUGCAAACAUGUCCUUAGAUAUCUUGAGUUCCGUGGGUACAUUCAAGAUGCGGCACAUGCCAGAGGUGCCUGUGAGGAUUCGAAUAGGCCUCCACUCAGGGCCAGUUGUUGCAGGAGUGGUGGGCCUCACGAUGCCAAGAUACUGCUUGUUUGGAGAUACUGUGAAUACAGCUUCUCGGAUGGAAUCAACAGGAUUACCUUAUCGCAUUCAUGUCAGCCACAGCACUGUGACAAUUCUUCAAACUCUAAGUGAGGGCUAUGAAGUGGAGCUUCGAGGAAGGACAGAGCUCAAGGGAAAAGGAACAGAAGAGACCUUCUGGCUGGUUGGGAAGAAAGGCUUCACAAAGCCCCUUCCUGUGCCCCCACCAGUGGGCGAAGAUGGGGAGAUGGGUCAUGGUCUGCAACCUGUGGAUAUUGCAGCCUUCAAAAGACGGAAAGCAGAAAAAGAACUUGAGAAAAAUCAGUCAUAAGGACCAAUGUGCUCUAAGACUGGGAAUCAUCUCUUGGUGAGUCAAUGAAAAAGCUUGCACCAGCUCAACAAUUUGUCCUGCCUAAGCAAGAAAUCUGUGUUAUGGCUAAACCUCUGAAGAUGACUAAUUUCCAGCAUUCCUCAAACCCAAUUCAAGGAUAAGGGAAUCCUUGAAAUGUUUCUCAAACAAGCUUUGCUCAUCACAAAACUAUCACCCAAAAGUCCAUUUGAAAGUAAAUUGUAAUGAAUGUGAACCCUAAGGAAGGAAGAGCAGAAUACUGGCUCCAAGUUUAGUGAUUUCAAAAUAGUAGACCCAACUUGGACCAAGAAAAGAAGUUCUCUAUUUUCAUAGAAAGAAAAAUAAGAGAUUCUUUGUUUUCCUUUUCAUUUAGUUUGAAUGUCUAGAAAAAGUAUUUAAUGAGUAUAAUGUAUAACUCAAUUACUACGAGAUUAGUGACAAGGGGAAAAAUCUUCCAGAAAAAUAUUCAUCUUGAAUCCCUGUCUACUGUCACCUCUUUUAGUUGGAAUGCAUAGGGAAUAAGGGGAAGGAGAAGAGUAUGGUUAAUUGUGUUGUUUGAGGAACUUGAAGGCUAAGAAGUUCAUUUGUUUUCUUACUGCUUAUCAUUCAACUUCUUCACAAAAUUGUCAUCGUCUCUUUUUCCUGAGUAAGGACAAUAAAGGUCUCAGUAAGGAAAACUGA